UGGCGAAGAACACUCUCGAGGCCAAGAUAGCAAUUGUCAGCCGUUCACAAUGAGGGCCAAGCGGUCAAAGAAGUAUCGUAAGCUCAUGCAUCAGUAUGAGCUUACCUUUGGCUUUCGCGAGCCGUAUCAAGUCCUAGUCGACUCGAAUUUUCUACGGGCGGUCCAUGGAUUCAAGAUGGAGUUGAUUCCGGCGCUGGAGCGGACGCUUCAGGGGAAAGCCAAGCCACUCCUGACGAAAUGUUCGCUGGCCGCGAUCAUGGCCGCACAACCGAUCAACCCGAAGACCAACAACCCGUACCGGCCGCACCAUCUGCCGCCGCCUACCGAGCUACCGCUCCGCCACUGCUCGCACAACGAAGACUCGACGCCGAUCGACGAGGUGGAGUGCCUGCUCUCCCUGCUUUCUCCGACAGGAUUAGGCGCCGGCAAGAAGAAUAAAGAGCACUAUAUCCUCGCGACAGCGGACCCGACGACGGACAAGGCCGCCGCGGCGGCGUCGUCUAGCGGUGGGGAUGCAAAGAAGCGGAAACGCGGGGACGCAGACGGCAUCGCGCAGCUCCGCCAGGCGCAGGCUCUCCGACGGGCUGCACGGUCAAUCCCCGGCGUGCCGAUCGUGUAUGUCAAACGGUCAGUCAUGGUUCUCGAGCCGAUGAGUUCGCCGUCGGAUACCGUGCGAGAGGACACGGAGCGGGGCAAGUUCCGGGCCGGGCUGGACGGGGAUUCUUCCUCGCUGGGGAAACGGAAGCGAGCCGAGGAAGGGGACGACAAGAAUAAAAAGAAUAAGAAGCAGGGACCCAAAAAAGCCAAGGCGCCGAACCCGUUGAGCAUGAAAAAACCGAAGAAGAGGGCGGAAGCAGCAGGUUCAAGGCCGACCUCCACCACGGCAGAGACGGACAGUCAUAACGAGCCCCGCGAGCGGACAACAGAGGAGGGCGAGAAUGCUGCGCCAAAGGCCAAGAGGCGGAGGCGGCAUCACAAGGGAGGCAAGGGAGAUGAAGCCGGAGAGGAAGCUUCAGGUCCAGCCGUCGAGGCUGACGAUUAG